AUGGCUGUUACUUGUUCUGAUAUUAUUAAAUUAAUUUGUGCUUUCUUUUUACCACCAUUAGGUGUAUUCUUAGAAAGUGGUUGUACUGGAGCUUUCUGGUUAAAUAUCUUAUUGACCAUUUUAGGUUAUAUUCCAGGUAUCAUCCACGCUGUGUAUAUUAUUAUCACCAGGUAG